GAAGAAGAAGAAGCAGAAGCUAAAGCUAAAGCGGGAGUAAAAGAGAAAACAACGCCAGAGACUUUGAGUCAGUUGCUGUCGGAAACAGCAGAAGGACCAAAAAGUGUAGUUGUAAAUGUGUGAGAAUGUGUGACGUGCAGGAGCUCACGUGUCUGGUCCAGCCGCAACAGGCUGCGGCGGCUCGAGACACAGUGGAACUGUUUGAAAGGACGUUAGCGGCGCACGAGGAGCAGCUGCGGCAGUUAAGAGAGGAGAACGAGCGGCAGAGAAAGCGGCUGGACGCUCUUUUACAGCCUCAAGUUCGACUAGAAAGAGCAGUGUUGCCUCAGCAGCUGCUGGUGAUUAAAGAAGAGGUUCCCCCUGAGCAGCAGGAGUGCAGCCCCAGUGUGAAGCAGGAGGAGCCAGAGCCCCCCCACAUUAAAGAGGAACAGGAGGAGCUCAAUAUCACCAAGGAUAUCCCAUUCACUCCUGCCCCUGUGAAGAGUGAAGAUGAUGAAGAGAGAGCUCAGUCCUCACAGCUUCAUCAAAGCCAAACUGAGGAGAACAGAGAGGCAGAGCCUCCGGCCAGCAGCUCCACUGAAACAGAAGCUGAUGAAGAGGAUUUACAAGCAAGUAGUGAUGGCCAGCUGCUCUCUUCACACUCCUCUGAACCUGAGACUGAACACAGUGAAGAUGACUUGGAGGAGACUGGAGAGCCUCAGUCAGGUUUAGCCUCACAGUUGAAGGACACCUUGCCUCAACCAGCUCAGAAGAAGCUGCAUGACCUCAAAGCAGAUGACUGGAUUGUCGUCAAAGACCACAGACGGAAAAGCUGGGAAGAAAGACAGUGCACUGGCCCACACCAGGUUCUCCUCACCACAGAGACAGCAGUAAAGGUUGCCAAGAAAGCCACUGAGGUUCAUGCUAGCCACUGCAAGAAGAUUCCACAACCAUCUGAUGACUUUGAACCUGAUGUACACAACCUCAGCAAUCAACUCAGACAAGUAACAGACUACAGCUGGUAAACAAGUUCACAAAACAGAGGAAGACAACUGGGGUGUAUGCUGAACGUUGGCCUUAACCUACAGUGGUGUCGGAACCAAGUGACAUGCUAACAGACAGACAGUGAAUCUUUGUGGAACUUUGAAUCUUAGUACAAUUAAUACCACUGAUAUACAGUAUAUGUACUGAUAUGUACUGAUAUAUAUAUAUUGUGCUAAGUAAUUGUCUUGUCUUUUGGAUGAUCAAUAUGAUCAACCGGAAGGAGAUGUAAUGGGAAAUUCCACUGUAUCCUCAUAACAUUUGGCUUAUGAAACCAUCUGUAUGACUCAUUUGUUGCAUUGGCCUGUUUGUCUCACUUAACUGACCCCUUUACAAGGACCUACAAUGCAACUCACAAAGACAAUCUCAGUGUAAACUUUUCAUUUUCAGAUUUCCAUCACAAAAGUUAACUGGAGGCAAAAUUAUAGCCAUUCCCAGUUUUUGACCAUUAAUUAGGUCAUUAUGCUAAUUACUCCAAUUGCCCAUCAUACAGCAUCCAUAAGCAUCCAAGUUGAAUUUCAUCCACUAAGCCCAUAGAUACCAUUUCAAACCAUUCAAUACCAUUUCUAAAAGGUUCAUAUGAAACACCAUUGCUGGGUCCAAGAAAUUUCCAGUAGACAACCUAACCAUAACCCAUGUCGUUCCUCCUGAUCAUUACUGUGUUUUCUUUAAAAUGACUAUCUCUGCUGAUACAAGUACAACCAAAGCCAAGGUAAUCAGGAAGCACUAUAUCUGCUACAUCACCUGUCCAUUAUUUGCCCAGGCUUUUAUAUGCCUUCAGUUCAUGUCAAUGAGCUAGUAGAAAGCUUAAUUUUUCAUGUUAUGAAUGUUAUUGAUACCAUUGCACCCAUGAAGACCAAAGUUGUUUCUGUUCAGAAAAAAAAAAA